AUGUUAGAAAUUAUUACUGAAGUCUUAUCAGUUAUUAUCAAAUCAACUAUAUUAUCUAGCAUUUCUGUAUUUACACUCUUUACGUAUAUUCGUUCAGAUUAUUUUAAAGAACAUUUACAUAUCAUUGCUGAAUUGUUUGAAAAAAGAAAAAUAAGAAAACGCAAGGAUAAAGACCUUUUAUUUCCUCAAAAAUAUGUUCAAAUUACUCGGUCUGAUAUUCCAUUACAAAGUGUAUGGUGUACAUUAACAUAUUUUAAUGACUCAAAACAAAGUAAAAAAUUAAAAGUUAAAGUAGAAGGAAAAGUACUAUUUCUUAUUGACGGACUAACAAUUGAACCAAUUCCUUUAACUAAAACAAUGAAAUUAAGUAUUCAAAGAAAACCAAAAAAAAGAACUUUUUAUCAUUUUUUUGAAAGUGAAAGUGAAUGUGUUACACCAGAAGAAGAAGCUUAUAAUUUAUUUAAAAGAGCACAUUGUGAUACAUUACAAAAAAAAAUUGAAUAUUUAUCUAAAAUAUCACUUGAAGAAAUGACAUUAAUCAAACGAUAUAAACGUCAAAAAUUUAAAAGUAGAAAUUCUAUUCUUCUUGAAAGAAUUGACCCAGAAUUAGGAAUGGGUCAUUGUUUAUUAUUACAUUUUAAUAAUGAUUAUCUUUUAGAAGAAAUAUAUUAUGAAUUAAAAAAAGCAAUUAAAGGAAUUAAAUAUCAAAAUAUUAUUCGUCCUCAUUUUUCUUCUUUAUUAAGUAGAUUAUCAGAAAAAGCUGUUUCAAUGGAUAAUUCUCAAAUGCAUUGGUUUUAUGGAAUUAAUUUCUUAGUUCAUAGAUUAUUCUUUCAAUUCUUUGAUAGUAAUAGAAUAUCAAGUAAAAUAAAAGAGAAAUUUAAAGAGAAAAUAGGAUUUGCAGUAUUACCAUCAAUGGUAAAAACAUUAGAAAUAACUGAUGUUGUAAUUGGUCCUAAAUUACCAAUUAUAUCUAAUCCAAAAAUAUCUCAUUCUGAUAUAACUGGUAAAACAAUUAUUGACGUAGAUUGUGAUUAUACCGAUGGAUUUCAAAUGACUUUAGAAGCUACUUUACAAAUUCCAUUAAAAAAUAUUACUCAUGUAAAAGCAACGUUAAUAAUUAAAUCAUUAAAAACAAGAAUUAAAUUUAUGUGUCUAAGAUUACCAAGUGAGAGAGUUUGGUUAGGAUGUGAGGAUGAGCCUGAAAUGAAUAUUAUUACUGACAUUAAAAUAUCUGGCAAAGAAGAGAAAGAAAAAAAAGAAGAAAAAAGUGAUUCAAUGGAUACUAUAUCUAAAGUCAUUGUUUACUUUGUUAAGAAAGAACUUAUGGUAAAUACUUUUACUGUUCCAGUAAUGCAAAGCUUUCCUAUUCCUAAAAAGAAAAAACUUAAAAAAAGUCAUCCUGUUCCUUCAUUGGAAUGUGUUCCUGGUUCAGUUGAACAAUAUAGAAGAACUAGAAAGAUGUUACGUUCUACUUUAAAGAAAGAAGAAAAAAAGCUUGACCAUCAUGAUGAUUUAGCAUAUAUUAAUUGA